CUUUCUAGAUGGCGGCUAGGCCGUGAGGGUCUCCCUGCCUUGGUCGGGCUGCGGGCAGCUCGGGCAGGCCGCGGGCGCCGGAGGUGGAAGAAGAAAGGUGCCACUUUGGCAUGAAGACAGACUCGCUUAGUCGUCAGUCAUUUAAGCUGAGUGCAUUGUGAUUUCCAAUAAUUGAGGCAGUGGUUCUAAAAGCUGUCUACAUUAAUGAAAAGAGCAAUGUGGCCAGCUUGACUAAGCCGCCGGCGUGUGCAGCGCAGGCAGGACGGCACCCGGGUCUCAGCGGACUUGUGCAUGUUAGCUGUAUAGAUUUAUGUAAGGUUUUUUAAAACUCUGGUCUUUUAAAAUAGUCUUAACCACUUUUACUAUGGAGACAUAUGAGAGUCCCUCUCCUCUCCCGCGUGAGCCCGCAGGAGAAGCGGUGAUGGAGAACCCAGCUUGCCCCUUUCAAGCGCUGCCCCGUGAACAGUCUCCACCACCUCCCCUGCAAACGUCCAGUGAUGCAGAGGUAAUGGACGUUGGCUCUGGUGGUGAUGGACAGGCCGAACCCCCUGCUGAGGACCCGCUCAACUUCUACGGAGCUUCUCUUCUCUCCAAAGGAUCCUUCUCUAAGGCCCGCCUCCUCAUAGACCCGAACUGUAGUGGCCACAGCCCGCGCACCGCCCGGCACGCACCUGCGGUCCGGAAGUUCUCCCCUGACCUUAAGUUGCUUAAGGAUGUAAAGAUUAGCGUGAGCUUUACCGAGAGCUGCAGGAGUAAGGACAGGAAGGUGCUGUACACAGGAGUGGAGCGCGACGCUCGUGCAGAGUGCGGUCUGGCCCUUAGCCCUGUCAGUGGAGACGUGCAUGCUUGUCCCUUUGGCGGGAGUGUUGGGAAUGGGGUAGGUGUAGGGGGUGAGAGUGCUGAUAAGAAGGAUGAGGAGAAUGAGCUGGAUCAGGAAAAGAGAGUGGAGUACGCAGUGCUCGAUGAGUUAGAAGAUUUUACUGACAAUUUGGAGCUAGAUGAAGAAGGAACAGGCGGGUUCACGGCUAAAGCAAUCGUGCAGAGAGACAGAGUGGAUGAAGAGGCCUUGAACUUCUCCUAUGAGGAUGAUUUUGACAACGAUGUUGAUGCUCUGCUGGAAGAGGGCCUUUGUGCUCCCAAAAAGAGACGAAUGGAGGAGAAAUACGGAGGAGACAGUGACCAUCCAUCUGACGGAGAGACAAGCGUGCAGCCAAUGAUGACCAAGAUUAAAACUGUGCUAAAAAGUCGUGGCCGUCCUCCUACAGAACCGUUGCCCGACGGGUGGAUCAUGACAUUCCAUAACUCCGGAGUCCCGGUGUACCUACACCGAGAGUCUCGGGUGGUCACCUGGUCCAGGCCGUACUUCCUGGGAACGGGAAGCAUACGGAAACAUGAUCCUCCUCUGAGCAGCAUUCCUUGUCUGCAUUACAAGAAAAUGAAGGACAAUGAGGAAAGAGAGCAAAACAGUGAGCUCACCCCCAGUGGGGAAGUGUCCCCUGUCAAGCCCCUGAGCCGAUCUGCAGAGUUGGAGUUCCCCCUGGAAGAGCCUGACUCCAUGGGAGCUGACUCAGGGGCCCUCGAUGAGAAGGACCCACUUGGGGCUGAGGCUGCUCCCGGGGCCCUGGGGCAGGUGAAGGCCAAGGUUGAGGUGUGCAAAGACGAAUCAGUUGAUCUUGAGGAAUUUCGGAACUACCUGGAAAAGCGUUUUGACUUUGAGCAAGUCACUGUGAAGAAAUUCAGGACUUGGGCCGAGCGGCGGCAGUUUAACCGAGAAAUGAAACGGAAACAGGCCGAGUCCGAGAGGCCCAUCCUGCCCGCCAAUCAGAAACUCAUCACCCUGUCUGUGCAGGAUGCGCCCACAAAGAAAGAGUUUGUCAUUAACCCCAACGGGAAGUCCGAGGUCUGCAUCCUGCACGAGUACAUGCAGCGCGUCCUCAAGGUCCGCCCCGUUUAUAAUUUCUUUGAAUGUGAGAACCCAAGUGAGCCUUUUGGUGCCUCGGUGACCAUUGAUGGUGUGACCUAUGGAUCUGGAACUGCAAGCAGCAAAAAACUUGCGAAGAAUAAAGCUGCCCGAGCUACGCUGGAGAUCCUUAUCCCUGACUUUGUCAAACAGACCUCUGAGGAGAAGCCCAAAGACAGUGAAGAGCUUGAGUAUUUUAACCACAUCAGUAUUGAGGACUCACGGGUCUACGAGCUGACCAGCAAGGCCGGACUGUUGUCUCCCUAUCAGAUCCUCCACGAGUGCCUUAAAAGAAACCAUGGAAUGGGUGACACAUCCAUCAAAUUUGAAGUGGUUCCUGGUAAAAACCAGAAGAGCGAAUAUGUCAUGGCGUGCGGCAAACACACAGUGCGCGGCUGGUGUAAGAAUAAGAGAGUUGGAAAACAGUUAGCCUCUCAGAAAAUCCUUCAGCUGCUGCACCCACAUGUCAAGAACUGGGGGUCUUUACUUCGCAUGUAUGGCCGCGAAAGCAGCAAGAUGGUCAAACAGGAGACCUCGGACAAGAGCGUGAUUGAGCUGCAGCAGUAUGCCAAGAAGAACAAGCCAAACCUGCACAUCCUGAGCAAGCUGCAGGAGGAGAUGAAGAGGCUGGCCGAGGAGAGGGAGGAGACACGGAAGAAGCCCAAGAUGUCUAUUGUGGCGUCUGCCCAGCCUGGCGGCGAGCCCCUGUGCACUGUGGACGUGUGAGGGAGGCAGCAGGGGCAGGCGCGGGGACUGUCAGCUCUGCUGCCAGGGACACCACGCGCCGCUCACUCUGCAGCCUCCAGGCCUCUGAUCGGAGUUCCUCCCCUGCGGCCAGGCAUCUAAGGCCGGGGCCAGAGGGGUGGGGCUCUGGUGCACGGGGACAGCAGGGCCACGCAGCUCUUCCUUGGGGGCCACCCACAGGUCUGAGUGGACGUGUUCAAGGAUGGACUCAGCUUGCCCACGUGGGUGAGAACCAAGAAUUUGGCAAUAGCCGUGGAUGACCUCUGCCUCUGGGGACUUGCUGCAGCCUGGUUUGAUGAAGGUUUUCCGGAGUGUCAGUAUGUAACACGCACGGACAAGAAGUGACAGACUGAGACAGUGGCGGCCGAGUCCUGUGGUGCCCUGGGCCGCAGGCUCCCACAGGCCACUGCAGAGGCCUGGUCAGAAGGUGCGCACUGGCACCCCCACCCCUCCCCUGCCUCUUGUGUUUUCCCUUUUUCUCUGAAAAGGUUACAACAGGAAGGAGUAUUUCAGACCUUUUUGGCUUAAAAUAAACACAAGUUUAGAAUCACCUAUUUUUCAGA